CCUGCCAUAGAGUGAACAGUAAACUUCUGAGUGCUCCACUGAUCGCGUUACUGGUCUAGUCAACUUAGAAACUUGGCAUUAGUAUUGAAGUUGUUUGAAAUUUGUUUGGUACAGGUUUUAAUAUUUUCACGGAAAUUUCAAAGUGUUGACGGUGGCUGCGACCCUGAUGGCGGGUGCGUAUAAGAACUCCGACGUGACGUGGACUGCAAACGAUGGUGGCUGCAACUACACCGGCUUCUUCAUCAGCUUCUCCGGCCAGGAGAAGUACGUCGAAACUACAUCGUCCCAGACAACGAUAGAGAACAUCCCAGGGUGCAACAGCACAGACGUCAUCGUCUCCUUCGGUCUCCCUACCGGAGAGAAGUUUGGUACCACCGCCCAGACGGUGGCGACUCCCAAGCCAGAACCUCAAAAAACCUCGCCGUUUAAUGUGGUGCCUGGAUUCACAAUGGAUGCCAACUUGUUCCCGAACAAAACGAUUAUCGUAUCUUAUGACGCUUCUCCUGGCUGCGGUAGCUUCACCAAGUUCACCCUUCUUUUUGGCGUCGAAUACACGAACUCAACGCGCAAUGUUCCGCCGCUUGUCUACCCCAUAUCGGAACCAAAAGGCAAAAUUGAGAUCGGCACAAAGAAUGUGACUGAUAUUUGCCUGACUUCCCUCCUCAAUAUCCUAUACAACCAGGCGACGGAUGGCGAAAAUAUCACGGGUUUAAUCAGUACCUUCUUUUUACCUCUCAGUGAACUCGGAAGGGAUGACCUGUACCCCUACGAAAUAGGUUCGAAUGAUGUCGUCUUCCACUGGCCUACUAACCUGACAGCUUACGACGUCUGUGGCGUCCUCCCCGGUACCACACUGUCAAUCGUGGCCGCUGAAGUCACAUACAUGGUGCCAAUAUCUAAUGGCACUAUCACCUUGACCAACUUGGCACCGGAGCUACCAACAUAUGUCGAUGUGAUUGAUGAUACCUUGGGCAUCAAUCUGAACUCCAUUCUUGUAAAGAAACCGGGUUCUACUGGUUAAGCGGUUCACUGCUGUCGUUCAAGAGCGGUUCUCUGCAGCGGUUCAUCACGAACUGCGCCCAGUGGAACACUGCAUGCCAAGCCAUUACAGUUUCUAAUGAGGAACUGAAGGCAGAUGAGAACCCGCUUAGUUAAAUAAAUGUUAUUGGUGCA